CACGGUUUGAGUUCAUUGAAUUCAUUGAGCAAUUUCCAUGGUUCUUGUUGACUAUAGCAAGUUCUUGUCAGAUCUCAGCUUACAGUGAGGCCUAUUAAUUAUUUUGGGUCCAAUUCUUAUUCAAGCUCUUCUUCACUUUGGCUCUUUCUGCUGCUAUUGUUCAUCAUCAUCAUCAUCAUCAUCUUCCAAUAUAUGACAUGACGUUCUCAAACUUCUUUUUCCGUUUCUCUCGUGUUUCUUUUUCUGUUAAUGCAUGUCUGUACAGGGAACAAGCACCAUAGUUUUCUCCGUACCAGUUCCUCUUGUUUUUUAAUUUCCCCUUUAACAUCUAAAACAGCUUUUGCGUCAAUUUGUUAUACGUUGAUUUAAGGAGCAUGGAGGGAGAAAGAAGGAAGAGAAAAAUAGAAAAUGAAGAAGAAAACGAGGAGCAGAAGAUUGAAAGGUUCUUUGCCUUGAUAAAGAGGACAAAAGAUGUUCGGGAUCGAUUCUACAAGGAGACUACUAAGCAAAUGGAUGGAGAAAGGGAAAGGAGUAUCUGGAACCCAAAGUUUGAAGUUGAAGACUUCAUUGAUUCUGGACAAAAAAUGCCGGAGACUGGUAAAGUUUCAGGUUCUCAUCAUCAUGAUCUUGCAGGUCCUUCACACAAAGAGCUCGUACUCGAAAAGAAAGAAGAUUUGCAGGAUGCAACACGAUUGGUUCAGGCUGAGGAAGAUAAUGGUGAAGAGAAAGACAAAAGAAUUUUUGGUGGCUACCUGAUGAUGAUCAUGAUGAUUUUGACCCUGUACUUGUUAUGCAUUGAAUUGAAAAGAAGGAAGAAGUUACCAUCUUUAUUAAUAUCUUUUUUCACAAGAGUUGAACAUCUAAAGUUAUCGUGCUUGGUAAAUUGCGAACACAGAUUUUCGUCGUAUCUCUUCUGCGGACUGAAGUGCGUAUAAUUAAUUCGGAGAACAAAAAUAAUAUAUAUA